CUCCGCGAUAGCGUGUGGCGGUUGGGCAACUAGUCGCCGAUGCUGCGAUCUCCGAAUUUCUGCACUUAGACGUUCACCAACAACACAUUUUCACAGCGUUCUGAUGCAUAAUGGAUGAUGAAUCGGAUGAAUUUACAAUCCAUAUUGCGAGAUAUAGACCCGAGGAAUUGCACAAGUUAGCAUCCAAGACAAAGUUUACGAAGAAAGAAAUCCAAUUGAUGUAUAGGGGUUUCAAGCAGGAAUGCCCAACCGGAAUGGUGGAUGAAGAAUCGUUCAAACAUAUAUUCUCCCAAUUUUUUCCUUUGGGAGAUGCGACAAAUUACGCGCAUUAUGUGUUUAACACGAUGAAACAGAAGCAGUCAGGAAAAAUCAGCUUUGAGGACUUUUUGAACAUUCUGUCCAAAGUGUCAAGGGGAUCAAUUCAAGAGAAACUUCAAUGGGUAUUUGGUUUAUACGAUCUCAAUGGAGAUGGUCUAAUUAGCAAAGCGGAAAUGUUAGAUGUUGUCACGAGUAUUUACGAAAUGCUGGGAAGGGCAACCCAACCGGCUGUAGAAGAUAACUCAGCUAAAGAACAUGUAGAACGAAUUUUUCACCAAAUAGACACGAACCAAGACGGAUUUAUAACAAUAGAAGAACUGAUUAACUGGGUAUCUCGUGACGAGAGAUUUCUGAGAUCCCUCGAGACUUUAGAUACAGUAUUGUGAUCGUCCUUUAUACCUCAUGCAUGGGACUCCUAUUUCCCUAGUACCAAUUCUCAAUAAUUUAUUAUAUAAUGUUAGGUUUAGAUUUUUGCUACGUGUAAGGUUUUUUUAAAACCUUAAUUUAAACUGUAUCCAAGACAAUUCUGCGUAUAUGCACAUGGUAUGACCAAAUUGCGGGAUUACUUGGGCCUUGUAUUAAUAUAAUGUUUGUUGAACUAUCUUCUAAAAUGGUUACCUGUUAUUCUUGUUAAACUAGAAAAGGAAUUAAAUAUUUUCUGAACAUAUUUCUUAACACUCCAAUGGUUAGGUUAGGAAAUGGGGAUUUUGUAUAUUUGCGAAAAAAACUUAUUCUACAUUUUUGCAAUGUUGGGAGAAGGGAAGACGCCAAUGAAUACUAUGAAUAGUGAAUAAGGUGUUCUUUUAAAUUUUAUCCUUCGUGUGUACUUACUUCAUCAUCAAAUUCCGUAUAUUGAGGAAUACACAGGGUGGCGGAAAUAAAGUUCCCAACCCACUCAACUCAGAAACUACGAUGAUAGAAAAGUUUCAUAGUUUCAUCUAGAUUUUUUACUUUUUUAUUAUAGGUAUAUUUUAUUCAAACAGUUAUCGACAAGUUUUUUAAUUUUAAGUCUUGAUGAUUUAGUUUUGAAUAGAUUUCUUGUGGUAUAUUUAGUGAAUAUUUAAGAUGUAAAUUAAUAUAUUAAAAAAUGAAGUGCAUAAUUAAUUAUUAAUAAUUUUAGAGCCUGCAAUCGUCAUUUUUGACAGUUUGAAAACUAGGGAAAGAUGGUAUUUAUUCCAGAUGGACGCAGCAACCUGUAUAUAUGUGAAAUUAAAAAUUAAAACAUCUAGAUGAAACUAUGCAACUUUUCUAUUUAACUUUUUUUUCUAUCUUAACAGUUUCUGAGUUGAGGGGGUAGGGAACUUAAUUUCCACCAUCCUAUACAUGAAGUUAUUGUUCAGUACAAGUAUGCGGAAGUAUCUGUCUGUUGCAUUUGGUGUAAAUAAAACCCCAAAGUUUUUCCGUAUGCAUUCCAUAUUAGGCACUUACAACCACUGUUACCAAAUACCAACAACCAUGCCAAAUAAAAACAUGUAUCCUAUUUCCUGAUGGUAUUUUAUCUACAUAACAUCGAUUUAAUGUUGCAUCUGUAUAUUAUUUUUUUAAUUAGAAACUGUCACGUUGUAUUUCCGAUAAUAAAUUUUUG